AUGGCGGGUAAAAGUCGCUCUUCGAGGCUGCUUAGAGAAGAUCAAUGUACUUCAAAGGUUUGUUCAGUUAUCCAAACUGCUGCUACAGUUCAGUUCUGUUUCAGUUCUGUUCAUUAUUUACAUUACAUUUGUUAUCGACUAUGCUACAGGGUUAUUACAGUUUCUUUUGAUAACAACUUCUUUAGAUUACAGUUCAGCCUCUGGACGACAGUGAUGUUAAGCAUUUAUUACUGUCACUGAAGGACUUGGUUUCUUCGGCGCUUGGCCCAACUGGAAGGUAAGAUAAUAUUUUAAUAUGUGAUGCGCACGUGACUGUAAUUUAUCCCAUGUUCAUGUUGAUAUCAGUCUUGUGAAUUGCACCACCAAGCUGUUUUCUGGGAAACCGAAGCGCCUAUGGUGUAUCUUCAGUUGUUUUAAUUUUUUACUGAAAACUGCUGCUUAUAAGCACCCCCCCCCCGCCCCUCCCACUUAUAAGCCCGACCAGUUAUAGGCCCAUCUACAAGGCCCUGGAUAAAAGUGCCCCUCUGGCUUGUAUUUAUUAUGACAUUUUGAAGUCUAAUAAAAUACCAGUAAAAGUAAAACAUGGUUUGAACAGUACUGCAGUAGCUUGUUUUGAAGCACUUUUUCUAGUCCAGUUACAGAUGGUGUAUGAGCCCCCUUGCAUAUAAGCCCCUCCAUUUAUAAGCCCACCUAUAACCCCAUACAAAGAUGUAUACGCCCAUGUUUUUGUGAUGGGUACACCCAUUCAGAGGCUAUGGACCUGUAUAUUAUUGAUACUGUACAGUUCCAAAGAGUAUGGUUUUGACUCCUUGAAAAGCCCUGGGGUUGAAGCUGACUCCUUUUGUUUCAAUUGGGUGUAGUUUUUGGUCAUUUUGGUGUCCUCUGAUAGAGAACAAGUAUUUAUGUUCUUUGGAUUGGGUAUGUUUUUUAAUAUAUAUUUUUUGAGAACAUGCAGUAGUUUAGCUGGCCUGAAAUAGGGUAGCCUGCUGAUGUAUUUCUGAUUUGUUUCGAAGACAAGCUCGAUUUACAGCUUUGAGCUUAAAGACUGACCUAAGCAACAAACAUGGCUGCUUUAAAAAGCGUGAGGUCCAAAAGUCUGAAGUUAGCAUCAUGUAAAAGUCAUGAAAUAGGUGUAAUGACAAAACACAUCAUGUAGCAAUAACCAAACGUUCAUUAGCAUAAUAUGACACCUGCGUCGCAGACAUAAUUUAACCUUGGUUAGUAAUGUCUACAAAGCAGCAUCGAUAUCCUCAUUCUGGGCCUCCAACUAACUCAACGAAUUACUGGAAGAGUGUUCAAAUUUCCUUUCAUCUUGAUUGGCAAAUCGACAGUGCCUUGUUUAACAGGCCAAUCAUGGCGCGUACUCAAAUCCUGGUACACAGGUGGGGGCCAGAACAAGGAUUUCGGCACUGUUUUGCAGAUGGACUUAACCAGAGUUUAGUUUCCUCUGCAGCGCAGGUUAGUAUAGGGUAGAGAAAAUCAAUGCACAUGCAAUGCAUUUCGGUCUACAAAGGGUAGCAUACCACACAUUCCCAGGAGUUACCCACACUCUGAUGUUGUGGGUGGUCCUGGUGAUAACUCAGAUUUUUUGUCCAUGCUGAGCUUAACCUUUACCAUCUUUCACUAAAUUUUUCUAUUCACUCAAUUUAUCAUCAGACUGAAAUUCUUUCAGACUUCCUCUGGUGGAUAUGUGACUGUGACAUCAACAUCAAGCAGAAUCUUUCACAGCUUGUCCAGCUUGUCACAUCCCAUACUGAGACUUAUACUCUCAGCUGUGAGGGGACAUUUAGAUGCUUAUAGUGAUGGAGGACUUCGGACAGCGUUGCUUCUUUUGAGGUAUCGUUACAUUAGUAAAGUUAUCGAUAAUCUUUCCAUAACUUAUAAUAAAUCUUUUAACUCUGUGCUGUGAAAAUGGUUGGUACAUGUUCUAGCUAUAGUGGGCUAUAGGGGUUUUAAAAGGGGUUAUUUAAUACCCUUUUCCUUUUUCAUAUAGCUUGUUACAAUCCUCUCUUGACCUACCAGUUCCAAGAGCCUUGGUGACUCAAAUCAAUCAACAUUUGUUGGAAGCGAUCAUCAACCAUUUACAGUCAUGUUGCUGGAAAAUGAAGAUUAAUAUUGGUGACAUGAAGAGCAUGUUGUCCAUCGUAAACAGUAUUGUCGGUACUAAACCUGCUUGUCACCUCAGUGAAACAGAGAAACGUCAUGUUUCUGUGCUUAUUAUCCAGGUAACAUUCAAGAUUUUCAUGAAUUUCUAAAUAAACAUUCUACAUUCUUAUUUAGUGUUUUUACAUGUAGUUAAUGUGCAGUACUGUCAACUCUCCUGGAUAAUCCAGGAGACUCCCGAUUUUGAACCAUUUUUCCUGGUCUCCAGAUUAGAGUCUGAAAUCUCCUGAAUAGUUGCCAAAGUUUGCUAUUUCUUGUAGAUUGGACUUUCUGUCAAUGAAACUUCAAAUAUUUUGUGUUGUAUCCACUGGAUAUAUCACAGUCCAGUGGAUAAGUGUUAGGGAAACCAAUUGCAUUAUCCAGUGGAUAGAGAUUUACUUGUAUCCAGUGAAUAGCAUUUAAAAUCCACCUUUUGAACAACUGGGACCAGCUGUUUGAAAAUAUAAAAAAACACAGAGUUAAAAUGUACCUUGUUCUGCAGUUGUGCUAUUAGAGAACAGUUACAUUUUUCCCCCUGCAUCGAGUUUAUGAGUUUAUGAGUUGUCUGACUGGAGAGAGGCAUUUGCCAAAAUAAAAUAAUAUUCAGAGUCAAAAAGGAGUUUGGUCGGCCUUCACUAUGGCUCGACUUAGGCUGGUAAAAUUUGGCAACAGCUUGAGCACCCAAAGCGCAUUAGAGAUAUUUAAAAUUCCCUGCACCCUGUUAACUGAUUAUUACUUUUCUUAACAUUCAGGCUUUCCUCCAGUCUCUGCCAAGUAGCACAAAUAAGGCACCCUCUGCAAGUCUCAAACAAACAGUGCCGGUACAAAUAGUAACUUUUGAAGGAGAAUCUGUGAAAGACUCUAAGGUGCUGCCAGGAAUUCUCAUACAUACACCUGAAAUUUCAACCUUUCGACAGUGUGGAAGAACUCUUGUUAGCCAUGGUGCCAAGGUAGCCUUGUAUAAUGUAUCAAUGGCUGGAGAUACAGAUGAGUGGUUCUCAAGCAACAUAAAAACAGAGACAGUGAGUGGCAGUUAUGAUUUUAGUGCAGCAAAUAUUGUCCUUCUUCAGCUGUUAAAGGUGGUGGAUUGUUUACUUGACUCUGGUGUUAAUGUCAUUGCUUGUCAGAAGUGUGUACACCCAGCGCUGAAGCGGUAUUUAAGAGACAAGGUUUGAUGUUGUUGUUGUUUUAUGCAUGCUUUGUUGACCAAGCAUGAGGUCAAGAUAGCUGGAUAUUGGCCAAGUUCUUUUUUAAUCUUUUAUGAACCAAGACAAAGUUGAGGUCAGUAAAAACUCACAAAGAAUGUGGUCAAUAUAUGUAGCCAUCUUGACCGAACAAGCUUGGUCAGUAAGGGGUUAUGGCCAAAAAGGAAACUUUUUUCUUGCGGGACAAAUGCGGGAAAUUCCAAGCUGGCAAGAUAGGCGUAUCUUGCCCACUCAAGAAGCCAGUCAGAAUGGAGGACUCACUUCAUCUCGCCCACUCGCGGAUUCUGCCAUAUAAUAUAAUCUUGUAAACCUGGAGGUACAGAUUGGCUGAGACCUCAAGUGUGGCAUAAUUAGAACGUAGCUUAUGAAAGGUAGGUUACUGUCCACUUCAACAAUUAGUUUCAUGUGUGAUCAAUAAAAUAUGUUUGAAAGUGAUUUUAUUUUUCUCAAGAAAGUUAAUAUUGAGCAGUGGCAUAAUCUUAGACAAAAAGGUAAAAAAAUCGAAGUGAUCUAUGGGUUUCAUAGUAUUUUUUAUUGUUCUGUUUGAGAUUUCUUGUUUGAACUACCAGAAAUUUAAUGAUUAUUUUUAUUACCUUGAUAUUUUCAUCUUUUUUCUUUCUAUCUCAGGGUGCAUUCGUGUUGGAACGUUUGUCUAUUCUUCACAUUUCUGCUGUUCAGCGCCUGACUGGGGCUUCAAUCCUUAGUACUUUCAACACAGAUACCCCUGAAUCAAGCUUUGGGCAACUGGGGAAGAUUGAACAUGUCGUGUUAAAUGACAAGAGGUCAGUUGAAAUUCUUGUCAUCUGUAGUUCUAGUGGAACCCCAUAUAACGGGGUGCACUGUAGUUAAAUUGGACAUGUUCAGUUGGUGUAAAUAGGGCAUCAGUUUGGUUCGUCAUACUAAAAGUUUGACAUCUAGACUUGGCCAUGGGUAAUCAAGAAGCCACUCGUUUCAUGUUGUGAGCAGCCUGUGUAAUUUCCCCACCAAGCUGUUUUCUGGGAACCCCAGGCGGCUUUGGUUUAUCUUCGGUUGUUUGAAUUUUUUUCGGAAAACUGUGUCUAAAAAGCGCCCCCCCCCCGCCCCUCCCACUUAUAAGCCCGACCAGUUAUAGGCCCAUCUACAAGGCCCUGGAUAAAAGUGCCCCUCUGGCUUGUAUUUAUUAUGACAUUUUGAAGUCUAAUAAAAUACCAGUAAAAGUAAAACAUGGUUUGAACAGUACUGCAGUAGCUUGUUUUGAAGCACUUUUUCUAGUCCAGUUACAGAUGGUGUAUGAGCCCCCUUGCAUAUAAGCCCCUCCAUUUAUAAGCCCACCUAUAACCCCAUACAAAGAUGUAUACGCCCAUGUUUUUGUGAUGGGUACACCCAUUCAGAGGCUAUGGACCUGUAUAUUAUUGAUACUGUACAGUUCCAAAGAGUAUGGUUUUGACUCCUUGAAAAGCCCUGGGGUUGAAGCUGACUCCUUUUGUUUCAAUUGGGUGUAGUUUUUGGUCAUUUUGGUGUCCUCUGAUAGAGAACAAGUAUUUAUGUUCUUUGGAUUGGGUAUGUUUUUUAAUAUAUAUUUUUUGAGAACAUGCAGUAGUUUAGCUGGCCUGAAAUAGGGUAGCCUGCUGAUGUAUUUCUGAUUUGUUUCGAAGACAAGCUCGAUUUACAGCUUUGAGCUUAAAGACUGACCUAAGCAACAAACAUGGCUGCUUUAAAAAGCGUGAGGUCCAAAAGUCUGAAGUUAGCAUCAUGUAAAAGUCAUGAAAUAGGUGUAAUGACAAAACACAUCAUGUAGCAAUAACCAAACGUUCAUUAGCAUAAUAUGACACCUGCGUCGCAGACAUAAUUUAACCUUGGUUAGUAAUGUCUACAAAGCAGCAUCGAUAUCCUCAUUCUGGGCCUCCAACUAACUCAACGAAUUACUGGAAGAGUGUUCAAAUUUCCUUUCAUCUUGAUUGGCAAAUCGACAGUGCCUUGUUUAACAGGCCAAUCAUGGCGCGUACUCAAAUCCUGGUACACAGGUGGGGGCCAGAACAAGGAUUUCGGCACUGUUUUGCAGAUGGACUUAACCAGAGUUUAGUUUCCUCUGCAGCGCAGGUUAGUAUAGGGUAGAGAAAAUCAAUGCACAUGCAAUGCAUUUCGGUCUACAAAGGGUAGCAUACCACACAUUCCCAGGAGUUACCCACACUCUGAUGUUGUGGGUGGUCCUGGUGAUAACUCAGAUUUUUUGUCCAUGCUGAGCUUAACCUUUACCAUCUUUCACUAAAUUUUUCUAUUCACUCAAUUUAUCAUCAGACUGAAAUUCUUUCAGACUUCCUCUGGUGGAUAUGUGACUGUGACAUCAACAUCAAGCAGAAUCUUUCACAGCUUGUCCAGCUUGUCACAUCCCAUACUGAGACUUAUACUCUCAGCUGUGAGGGGACAUUUAGAUGCUUAUAGUGAUGGAGGACUUCGGACAGCGUUGCUUCUUUUGAGGUAUCGUUACAUUAGUAAAGUUAUCGAUAAUCUUUCCAUAACUUAUAAUAAAUCUUUUAACUCUGUGCUGUGAAAAUGGUUGGUACAUGUUCUAGCUAUAGUGGGCUAUAGGGGUUUUAAAAGGGGUUAUUUAAUACCCUUUUCCUUUUUCAUAUAGCUUGUUACAAUCCUCUCUUGACCUACCAGUUCCAAGAGCCUUGGUGACUCAAAUCAAUCAACAUUUGUUGGAAGCGAUCAUCAACCAUUUACAGUCAUGUUGCUGGAAAAUGAAGAUUAAUAUUGGUGACAUGAAGAGCAUGUUGUCCAUCGUAAACAGUAUUGUCGGUACUAAACCUGCUUGUCACCUCAGUGAAACAGAGAAACGUCAUGUUUCUGUGCUUAUUAUCCAGGUAACAUUCAAGAUUUUCAUGAAUUUCUAAAUAAACAUUCUACAUUCUUAUUUAGUGUUUUUACAUGUAGUUAAUGUGCAGUACUGUCAACUCUCCUGGAUAAUCCAGGAGACUCCCGAUUUUGAACCAUUUUUCCUGGUCUCCAGAUUAGAGUCUGAAAUCUCCUGAAUAGUUGCCAAAGUUUGCUAUUUCUUGUAGAUUGGACUUUCUGUCAAUGAAACUUCAAAUAUUUUGUGUUGUAUCCACUGGAUAUAUCACAGUCCAGUGGAUAAGUGUUAGGGAAACCAAUUGCAUUAUCCAGUGGAUAGAGAUUUACUUGUAUCCAGUGAAUAGCAUUUAAAAUCCACCUUUUGAACAACUGGGACCAGCUGUUUGAAAAUAUAAAAAAACACAGAGUUAAAAUGUACCUUGUUCUGCAGUUGUGCUAUUAGAGAACAGUUACAUUUUUCCCCCUGCAUCGAGUUUAUGAGUUUAUGAGUUGUCUGACUGGAGAGAGGCAUUUGCCAAAAUAAAAUAAUAUUCAGAGUCAAAAAGGAGUUUGGUCGGCCUUCACUAUGGCUCGACUUAGGCUGGUAAAAUUUGGCAACAGCUUGAGCACCCAAAGCGCAUUAGAGAUAUUUAAAAUUCCCUGCACCCUGUUAACUGAUUAUUACUUUUCUUAACAUUCAGGCUUUCCUCCAGUCUCUGCCAAGUAGCACAAAUAAGGCACCCUCUGCAAGUCUCAAACAAACAGUGCCGGUACAAAUAGUAACUUUUGAAGGAGAAUCUGUGAAAGACUCUAAGGUGCUGCCAGGAAUUCUCAUACAUACACCUGAAAUUUCAACCUUUCGACAGUGUGGAAGAACUCUUGUUAGCCAUGGUGCCAAGGUAGCCUUGUAUAAUGUAUCAAUGGCUGGAGAUACAGAUGAGUGGUUCUCAAGCAACAUAAAAACAGAGACAGUGAGUGGCAGUUAUGAUUUUAGUGCAGCAAAUAUUGUCCUUCUUCAGCUGUUAAAGGUGGUGGAUUGUUUACUUGACUCUGGUGUUAAUGUCAUUGCUUGUCAGAAGUGUGUACACCCAGCGCUGAAGCGGUAUUUAAGAGACAAGGUUUGAUGUUGUUGUUGUUUUAUGCAUGCUUUGUUGACCAAGCAUGAGGUCAAGAUAGCUGGAUAUUGGCCAAGUUCUUUUUUAAUCUUUUAUGAACCAAGACAAAGUUGAGGUCAGUAAAAACUCACAAAGAAUGUGGUCAAUAUAUGUAGCCAUCUUGACCGAACAAGCUUGGUCAGUAAGGGGUUAUGGCCAAAAAGGAAACUUUUUUCUUGCGGGACAAAUGCGGGAAAUUCCAAGCUGGCAAGAUAGGCGUAUCUUGCCCACUCAAGAAGCCAGUCAGAAUGGAGGACUCACUUCAUCUCGCCCACUCGCGGAUUCUGCCAUAUAAUAUAAUCUUGUAAACCUGGAGGUACAGAUUGGCUGAGACCUCAAGUGUGGCAUAAUUAGAACGUAGCUUAUGAAAGGUAGGUUACUGUCCACUUCAACAAUUAGUUUCAUGUGUGAUCAAUAAAAUAUGUUUGAAAGUGAUUUUAUUUUUCUCAAGAAAGUUAAUAUUGAGCAGUGGCAUAAUCUUAGACAAAAAGGUAAAAAAAUCGAAGUGAUCUAUGGGUUUCAUAGUAUUUUUUAUUGUUCUGUUUGAGAUUUCUUGUUUGAACUACCAGAAAUUUAAUGAUUAUUUUUAUUACCUUGAUAUUUUCAUCUUUUUUCUUUCUAUCUCAGGGUGCAUUCGUGUUGGAACGUUUGUCUAUUCUUCACAUUUCUGCUGUUCAGCGCCUGACUGGGGCUUCAAUCCUUAGUACUUUCAACACAGAUACCCCUGAAUCAAGCUUUGGGCAACUGGGGAAGAUUGAACAUGUCGUGUUAAAUGACAAGAGGUCAGUUGAAAUUCUUGUCAUCUGUAGUUCUAGUGGAACCCCAUAUAACGGGGUGCACUGUAGUUAAAUUGGACAUGUUCAGUUGGUGUAAAUAGGGCAUCAGUUUGGUUCGUCAUACUAAAAGUUUGACAUCUAGACUUGGCCAUGGGUAAUCAAGAAGCCACUCCAGAUUAAGGACUUGGACCAGUCCAACAAACUAUUCGCUGAAAGCUCUGGUUGCCAGCCACUCACAAAAAUAAUUUUUCCACCCUAUUUGUUUCUCAACACUUUUGCUCGACCAAAACAAGCAUAGGAUUUUCAAAAACAAAGUAAAUGUGGGUAAAUAAGACUGUCUUCCUCAUGGCUAAAACUCUCUCCAUGGUUGCUCAAAAUGCACUGGGAUGCAAUUUUCGAGGCCCUCAAAAUUAAAAUUUCCCUGGAGAACCCCCCAACUCCCCCAGUGGAAGGGGACAGCUCCUUCCCAUCCCUACGGCUGUUUACCUCACACGUGAAGAAAGGUGCUUUGCAGCAUUCGAUCUAACCUAUUUCCGCCUAUCAGAAUUUUUGUCUCCUUGUACUUUAAAUUUUCUGAAUAACUCAGCCUACUGGUUGGGGGUAUGGCAUGAGGACACUGUAAGAAAGUAGUUCCCACUAGUGAAAAAUUAAUUUUAUUCAUGGAUUAGGAGAGGUUAUGUCAAACACUAGGAAGAAUGCGUUAUCUGCAUGUAUCCGAAGAACUCCAAGAAUAAGUAAACAUUUUAGAAGCUAUUUCAAACACUUUUCAUUGUGUUUUAUCCACGUUAUCCAGUGGCCUUGAGGUUCAAAGGAAAAGAAAUGGAAACACGUAUUUUUAACCCACUUUGUGGUGUCAGGAGUGUUUAGAUAAAGCACUUAGCACUUGGAAAUAAUAUAAAACACCCAAAUAUAGAUAAAUUGAUUAUAAUACAAGUCCUAAAUGUCUACAAAACGUUUUUUCUCUCUUUUUUGUAACAGCUAUCUACAUCUUCUGCCACAGUCUUCCCAAGAGUCACCAUAUGUUUGCACACUUUUGCUAUGUUCAUCAGAUGAGACUUCACUAGAUGAGCUGAAGAUAGUCUGUGAAGCAUCCAUGGUUGCUUUGCAUGAGACACUGGCAUGCCCUUAUGUUUUGCCUGGAGCUGGGUGUCUGGACACACAUUUGGCGUCAUUCUUGAGGCAGUAUGGGUACAACAGUGGUUCAAAGAUUGCUACUGAGUUCGGCUGCACUAAAGGUAACUAAGUUUUUGAUGUUAACAGGGAGAUAGGGUUUGUUCAGGCCAACAUGUACGCCUUUCAAACAAGCUGCAAACUGAAGCAAAGCAAAGAAGCAAGGUUCAUUCGACCCUACCUCAGAUCUGGGUUGUGACGCGUCAUCAGUAUUGAAUUUCUGCGUUCGUUUCUCAGACGUCAUUUCGGAGGGAAACCAGUGGUAGCUUUGCCGAAUGUCGGCUGUUUUCUCAGGCUGAAUCCCUCUAUCAUCUAAGCGUUUCACGGGCGAAACAGAAUCACGAAGAAAGCGCAGAGCUUACACUAGAAGGGAGUCGCAAGUUUAUUGCGUGGCUAGUUUUGUAGGAAAUAUGACAAAGUCGGGACUUGGAGAUGAUCUUGCGAAUUCUGUUCUUAGGUAUUUCUGUUGUCAAUGUGAAGCCGUAAUUGGAGAAAUUGAAAAGAAUCCCAAUUUUCAGUGAAAGUUUCAAGCUUUCAAUUUUCAAGCUAAGCCACUUUCAUGAAUUUAGUUUCCGUUCUCACACUAAGUUUUUUUCUUUUAAUAAGGUCAAGUUGUUACUGUCAUCAACAACGUGGCCAGUAGCUUGGAAUCUUUGGCCAGGAGCCUUGAGCAUGAUGGGGGUGGUCAUCUGACUGACUCAGCCAAUCAGCAUCAUUGGAGUGUUCCACCUGGGGCACUGGAACUAAAACCCAGCAUGCCUUGCUGCACUUGUGGCCUUGUGUCACAUGAUGAAACUAUGUGGUGGAGCAUCAUGGGAGAUAUUGAGGGUUGUGUUUUGCAAGACUCGUGCGACGGUGAAAUUAACCAUUGCUAUACUCCAGAUGCUGGAGAGAAGACUUUCGAUAACUCAGUGCUGGAUAUGUUUUCAAUGAAGACAAACUGUUACAGAACUGCGUUUGAAACUGCUAAUGCUAUUUUAAGAGUUCAUUGUGUAAUUUGCAGCAGUAUUGCUGAUUAAA